AUGGCAACUCAGAUCUGCGAUGAGCAUAUCUCUCGGUUCGACGCAAUCUCCCCAGCAAAAGGACAGAGAUCAACAGGUCAUAAGAUUCCUAACUCAUCACAGGCAUGUCGACCUACUCCCAUGCUCUUGCUCGUUACCUCUCUGGUCGGCGCCGCCGUUGCAGAGUCUUUGCACCUCCACACUCGCGAUACAACACUUCCACUCCGUAUAACCAACAAUUGCAACGAGGCCAUCUGGCCGGCCAUUUUGACGCAGGGUGGAACAGGCCCAGCGAGCUCUGGCUUCAUGCUGGCUUCAGGCGACACGAAUCCGCAAACGGUCGGCAGCGAUUGGAUAGGCAGAGUGUGGGCGCGAACGAACUGCAGCUUUUCAAGUUCGAGCCAGACCAGUGGACAAGGAGGUGCACCAUGCACAACCGGUGACUGUGGCAAUUUCCUCGAAUGUCAGGGGGCAGGUGCACCGGCGACACUGGCCGAAUUCACCAUGUCCUCAGACACAUAUCAGACCUUUUACGACAUCUCGCUUGUCGAUGGAUACAACAUUCCAGUGGGUAUCAUAUCCCUGCUGGACCAAACUGACAACUCCACCCUUCAAGAUAUUCCACCGAAUCUGACCAAUCCUGUUUGCAUUGGCACAUCUUCCUUGCUUGCAGCUGUAGGCGAUGCCGCCGACGUUAACUUCGGGUCAAACUCGACAUACCCUCUGCCGCUAGAGCAAUCAGUCACCCAGGCCUUUGUUUCAAGCUGGUGCCCUUGGCCUUUACAGCUGGAUCCGCCCCAGAAGCCUGGCGACGGCGUGUACCCAUAUCCGGACGAUAACAUCCAGCGACCAAUAUUCAACCCUUGCCUGAGCGCCUGUGCAAAGUACAAUAAGGACCAGUAUUGCUGCACAGGUAGUCACGACACUCCCGCCACCUGCUCACCGAGCGACUACUCGACCCAGGCAAAGAAAGUGUGUCCAGACGCCUACAGCUAUGCAUACGACGACCAGACAAGCACUUUCAUCAUCCCACAGGGCGGAGGAUUCGAGGUCGUCUUCUGCCCCAGUGGGAGAAGUUCGAAUAUCCUUGCCGUUUUUGGCGACCAGCUUAGACAGAUCGCGCAGACGGGAAGUGCGACUGAAGAUAUUGUCUCGCUCGCGCAGAACGCCACAUAUAUUCAGGAGAAGAGUGGUGCUGCUGGAACCAUGGGCAAGGCCAGCAGAAGCUUGGUCGCUGUCGUGGCAGUCUUAUUGAUCUUGGCUUGUCUGUAA